AUGGCUGAACCCCAACAGGACAUGAGGGAGAAGCCUGCAGGUGAGUCUUUAAUUCCUAAAAUGAAUGACUUCACUGAAGUUGAACUGGAUAGACAAGAGCUGAGUUACCAAAACCUACUAAAAGUGAGCUGCUGUGAAUUGAGGAUUAACCCAGAGCAAGUGGAAAAAAUCAGAAAGCUACCAAACACACUACUCAGAAAGGACACAGACAUUCUAAGACUACGGGACUUUCAAGAAGUUGAACUAAUUUUAAUGAAAAAUGGAAGCUCUAAACUGGUAGAGCACAUACCAUCUCUGUUAGAGAAGCCCUGCUACAACAGCAAUGCUGCAAAAAUGACAUAUUAA